AUGGCUUCCUCCUUGGCCUCUGCCUCCUUGGGUCCCUCUUGGCGGCCACCUGGAAUGCCUCCCGCUCCCGCCCCCUCCCACCGCCCGCUGCCCCGCAGCCCCGCAUCCCCGCAGCAGCCACUGGGGGAACCAAAGAGACAGAAGCCUUCCCAGCUGCCCGGACCACAGACGCCAACACCCCCAGCCCCACACCACACGCCGCCCGCCAGCGCCCAGCACGCUAACCCACGACCGAGGGGCGGCACCAGCAGCGGGCUGCAGGCUGCAGUGACUCGCACCGGCGCGCUCCUGGCAGCGCUAGCCAUCCCAGGUGACUGGGACUCGCUAGAUCGGCUGGCCCGGGGUCCUCCGCCCCAGCUCGCGCCCCCGGCCCGGGAUCGCCGGAAGGGAGGUCGCGGCAGCGGCCCGGCGGCACCGGCGACCGUGGCGACAGCGGCGACAGUGGCGGCGGCGGCUGCGGCGGCGGCGGAGGCUGCGGCGGCGACCGUGGCAGAGGCGGUGGCGGAGGCCUCCGUGGCGGAGGCGGAAGCAGAGGUGGAGGCCGAGGCCUCAGUAGAGGAGGCAGUGGCGGAGGCCACCCUGGGGGAGGCGGUGGCAGCCCUGGCGGAGGAGGAGGCGGAGGCCGCCCUGGCGGCAGCGGCCGUGGCGGUGGUGGAGGCCAGCGAGGCCGAAGCCGCCGCCGCCGCAGAGUGGCGGCGGCGGUAG